CGCCCAUCAGUUGUGCUCCAGAUACUGGCACGUAUCUAUCAUAUCAUAGGCGGUUGAAGUUGCUGGGUUCUGAGUGGAACACAUCCAAACGGCUCGUUAUCUGUUGCGCCAGCUGGCUCCUCUCUAUUUGUCCUGUCCUUUCAAAAGGUCUGGUCAGUCCACUGUCACAUUGAUAAAUUGUGCAGCUCAUCAUAUCCCUUUGAGAUCCUUGCAUGCGAUAUUGCUCGACUGGACAACCAGCCUGACCAAUUCUCACCCAUUGUCCUUCCGUGUGGCCGAUAGAAGCGUGAGCAAGGCUUUGACACGGUUACUGACUGCUACAUGGGCUGUGCUCUUCGUUGGCGCGUCGAGCGGACCUUGGACCCCGAAACACAAGCUUCCUUGUGACUCGCCAGUUUGACCGAUAUUUGUGGUUUGGCUUUUGGACUGUCGAGCUCAAUCUCAGACAAUUGCUUGGCACGCUGCCCUGCUUAAGGUCCCCCUCCCGCGGCCUCGUGGCCAUACAUCGGUGUUGAAUAAAUACUUUCAUUGUUGUCGCUCACCAGAGGACGAGAAGGAUCAUAUCUUUUGCGAACAACAGCUUUGUGUUUCUUGUGCCUGGGCGACAGUUCUGUGUUAUUGAAACAAUAUUGGAAGCCGAUAUGGACAGCAAACAAGCUUCUCCGCGGCCAUAAGAUCAACAACCUUGUCUAAUCUGAUUUGCCAAUAACAGACCCCUGCAGCAUCUGGAUGAAGACACACGAGCAUUACACGACAGCAACAAAACGCUUUCAGCGCUGCAAGGCACGACACGACCCGUUGCCCGCGGUAGCGUAAUCCAAACGGCUCGUUCUUUCAACAAACUUCGAUUCGAGAGCCACUUGGCCAGCAAAGACGUGAUUCGUUCUUCACCUGAGCUCUAGGGCUCUAACGAAUUCGCAAGCGUCACCCUUGAUCGACGAACCAAUCCUGAGCUUCGUUUUUACGUUACUGAAACUGCUCGUUACCGUGCACACAGUUCGCUGGGGACAAGACGGACACGCGGUCAUCCCCGGACUGGUCUUCCUUGACUUACCUUGCUUUGCUUCACUUCUGGCGCUCUGGUUUCGCGGUGCGGAUCUCAUAUCCGGCACUGGCUGGGCCUGGAAUUGAAGCUUGUUGAGCCUAGGCAGGGUUACACAGCUUGUUCCGAGAAAAAGGGUCCUUUAGGGAGGAAACAUCAUUAAACAAUCAAUCAAGAUCAGGGGACUGAUCGACAAACGAGGGAGGGCCUCAAUUGGAGAAAAAGAAAGAAAAAUAAGUGAGGUGAGACCUGCGACAAAGCAAUCCAGGGCCCAGCAGACAAAAAAAGAAGUUCGGGAAACCUUUCAAAUCUGUUCCGUCCGCAAAAAGCUGAGGCGUGGGAGUUGACUGCCGCUGCAGCAAGGCCCACAGGGCAUUCUGACGAGGUGAGGACCUUCUGGCUCCUGCCAAAACCCCUAGAGAGCCCUGGACGAGCAAGAAAACAUCAGAUCUUGACCAAGGGUGUCAAAAUAAAGCUAUCAGAAGGUAUCCUAGGCUUAUGCUAAGUUACCUAAGUAUUUCUGUCACCUAGGAACAAGUUCCUGAGUUUUCUUUCCUCCCCCCACAACCGACAAGACCCACUCCGCUCCGCUGUUGCCAGAUUGAUUGCAGCGCCUGCCCGCCUGCCACUGUCCACUCCUGCCAACACACCAAACCCCCCCUGGCUCUUAGCCCCGAAGGCAGGAUCAAAGGUACCGACCCCAAGUCUCACCCUGUCGUGUCGCACUUGCCCUGUCUUGGAUCCCGGAAUUCGGACUGGGGGGGGGGUGGCCAAUACAAACAGGCAGGAUGAUGACUCCACGCUCUUUCAUGCUGGCGCAGCGUGAGAGGGAGAGCCAGCAUCAGCGCCCUCCUUCCCCUUGUACUACCGGUGCUAGUCAUCAUAAUACUUUGUCUAUUCCGACUCCCUCUUUAUCUCCAGGCUUCACUCCCAUUCCCACACGUUUAUUCUCCUCCUCACCCUCACCUUUAUCUUCUUCUCUUCUCUUAGAUACUUCCUCUCCUCAUCACCAAAUAUCAACACCAACAAACAGUGUACAUUAUCCAUAUCAGCCAUCGCCAACAUACCACUCCAAAUUGGCGGCUUUAACGGCAGCGACCUCCAAGUCGACUACAUUCUCACUUCCGCGCUGGUCGCCAAAGUAUGACGAUAGCAACAAGCACAUUACAGUCACCAUAUCUCCAGCUCAACCGAACUCCAAUGCAACAAUGGUUAAACGCAAGGAUUGGCGGGAGACCUCAAGUCUUGCCCCUUCGAGCCCACCAAAAACAACAGUUAGUCUGACCACGAGGUCAACGACACCUACAAGUCCAGUCAAGAUUCCUACCACCAACAACCGAUAUGGCGCCCAUCCUCAAAAGCGUCACUCGUCACAGAGGAAACGAAGCAGUGACUCACGAUCUUCGGAUAAGCUUUCACCGUCUCUCGUUGCACUCUUGGCCGUUACAGAUAUUCCUCGACAUAAGCAGCUUCAAAGGCGCCGCCGCCGUUCCGAGAAGACCCUAACUGUGCAGGAGGUUAUUGACUGUCAGCACGCUUCAGAAAAGGAACUGAGCUGGACAUUCGGUAGCCCUCUGGACAUGCUUCUAUCCCCACCCCAAGAAGUUGCCGACGAUGAUGAUUGUGUGAGCGAUUGCAACUUUGGCUCCAGUAUGUCAACAAGAACUUAUUCCAUCGAUUCCAUUCCAUCUCUGGACGAGUCAUUCUCUAGCGAGUGCCUCUCAUCUCUCGGAAGCCCUAGGACACCUAGUCCAUGCUCUCGCAGGACUAACUUGACUCCUAAGCGAAAGUCGCUGGAGCCUGUUAUCUCUCCACCUGGUUCCGUUGAUGAACAUCCACUGGCCCGAGAUGAUGUUGAAGUCGAUGAGCUGGACUUCAGCACUCUCAACCAGCCUGAGGAGGCUCAGCCCAAGUCUCAGUUCCUGGAGCCCUUUAAGCCCUUGAGGUCUGUUUUCAAGUCAAAUCUCACCGCUUCACUCCGAGCCCUUCGAUCAGCGGCCCGAUCGUUCUCGGUUCUGAACCUUCCUUCUAUCCCACCGGAUGAUUACUUAACUCGAUCUAUUCUCACCAUCGACCCCAAUGUUCCCUAUGCUGAUGAGCGUCGGCCACCCGUUUCCGAGGAAAUGCCUUCCGCAGCAGUUCGCCGUUAUCUCAAUCCUACCACCAACGCAAGAAUCGAACCGCCAACCAAGACCGUUUUUGCCGGAACUUUUGCUGCAUCAAUUCAGAUGCGAACCUACAAAAUCCAGCGCUCCCGAACAGCCCCAGGCUCUAGCCGAAACUCUUAUCCAUCAACAUCGCUCCAGUCGCAGCCAGCCCCUGUCCCUCAGCAGCCACAGCCGCAGGUCCCCACUCAAUCGGUCCCAGGCAUGCGACAGCGGGAAAUGCGUGAGAACUCCGACUUCAUCCGUAUCGCUGUCAUGGAAAUGGCGAUGCGCAAGCGCGGAAAGCUCGACGACCAGCGACCGGGCCGAGCUCGUUUCGCACUUCCUCCACGACAAACCUCAACGAAGCCCUACGAGAUGGGAGCAAACGGUGUCCCGGCUCGCUGGAUUCCUAUCACAGCUUAGGUUUCUAUCGCUGUGCCGUACCCAGAAUCGACACCACAAAUCAAAAGGCUUGAAUUUCUCGAUUUACGGCAUGUAACACGUCACGUACCUGGCCAUGGUUUCUUUGCAUUGCAACGAGGCCGGUUCAGGCAGGACAAUCCACGGAAGUGCAGCCGAUUUGGGACCCACUUCAUGGACUCAUUAUGGAGAUCUGACGUUUAACCAUGCCAUUGGAUGCGAUGAUGCAAAAUUUUUGCCCCCCAUCUCAAUGGAAGGGUUUUAGAAGCAUGCCCACGAGCGAUGGUCCCACCACCCGACGAUAGGCCCCGGAGAAAGUGCAACACGACUUUUGACGGAACCAGAGCAAAGCGAUUGACCUGGUUCUGACUCGGGAAAACCGGGUCGAAAUUACCAACACCCAAGGGGAUUGGCCACCGAACACGAAACCGAAACAGUUUGGGCCUCGGCACUCAAGGUUAUUUCACCAUGAGGGCAUCGGCCAACCACAUCCUGACUACCAAUCACAAUUUCCAUUAGACAUGGGAAUACUUCAUCAUUCUAGAAAGCGAGUGGCAUUUUCAGGAGUUUCCCGUUAUUACACGUUAUUUUGCUUAUUCCCCUUUCUUAUCACCGCGAGGUGGAGAAAAGCGCACAAUCACAGGAUUGCCAGGAUCCUAAUUUUUUCUUGUACAUUGACCAAAAUUUCUCAUUUCUUUUUCAAACAGGCUUUUUCGGCAUUUGACCCCCGCCCAAGCGGGAUCGGAUGCAACUGAACAAAAUCCCGCUCAAGGCCGGGCUUAUGGAGAACCUUGGGACGCGGUCGGAGAAGACUCGGACAGAGAGGGAGUCAUCGCAUUUGUUGAGAGGAGUUGGCAUUUAGGACCGCAGGAACAGAGCAUUGAGUCUGGCGAAUUGGGAGAUGAUAUCUUUUUUCUUACGCAGGACUGUCACCGGUACAUACAUAUCACAUUCACAAGCAAUCGUCUUCGAGACGAGGAGAGGCAUAGGCGCAAGCGGCAUGGCACGUCAAGGAAGACAUUGAGCGGUGUAUUUACUUGGAUAUCCAUUUGUUAACAUUUACAUAUUUUGAUCAAGAGAUUACUAUUAUUUUUCGUGUUCCACAACCCAUUGCGAAUAUCCUCUUACAUUGGACCCUUCGGCUAUUUCUAACCCGACUUUUUUUUUAAUUUUUUUUUUAUUACUUCUUGGGUAAUCAUUCAAUUCGUGGACCUCAUUACCUGCGCCAAAAGCGGCAAAGCGACAUUUGGGCUGGGCAAUGCACGAAUGCCCAACCAACCACCUCACAAAAAAAACAUUGCGCUGGACAGACUACUUACCUGCACGUUGGCGCUGUUGUCUCAGUCACCGAUUGUUGAGAUUGCGUGGUCAACGGUUACUGGAUCUCACGACAAGGCAUUGCUGGCAAUCUCGGCUGUCAAGCUUAUUUCACUCCUCAGUCUAUGUGCUUCGUUAUGGACCUUCUCUUUAUGCUUCUCAUCCGGGCAAAACUGGAGCGAUGAUGCCAGCAACAGUGACAGGAGUUCCUCAGAUGUGGGACAAAGAACAAAAGAACUUCUAGAAGACCCUUUCCUUCUUGUUGUGGGGGUAAAAGCCGCGACAAUGGAUUGAGUCAGACGCUAGUCAGGGGUUGGUAAAGGGCAGGGCUACUCCAUAUACAUAAGCGCUUUAAUUGUCGAUGUUUUGACCACGGGCAAAAUGGACAAACUCCCCGCUUGCGAUAAGGGAAAUAACGCCAAAACGGCAAGAUUUUCAACAGGGUUCUCUUUGCUGCACUGUACUUUGUUGUGCAGUAGCUUAGCUGGCUCCAUAAUGCCCCCAGGGCCCCAAGGGGUGUGUAACGGAGACAAAUCUCCUAUGCCCAGGAGGGAAAAAUGUUCUAGACCGCUCAUUACAACAUGUUGUUUACUAUCUCGUGACUGCAGAGGAUAUGAAGCCAUUUAACCAGGCGGUGUAUUGAUUGCUUUUCUGGCAUGGUGAGCCCCGAUGAGCCCUGAUGACGAUGGACAGGGUUAGCUCAUCCAAGAACUACGAAAGGCUGAAGUGUUAACCUGCCUAUGCUGGACAUAUGUACUAAUCUAUGAGUAUAGGGAGUAUACUGGAUAUGAAACCGCGAGCAUGUGCUCUUGUGCAGGAUACUUGGCAUGAUAGUCGGGGGACUAGCCACGACGAGAAGGAGGCAAGACUUUCUAUUACAAGGGUAAAAGGUCCUACGAUAGACACCCUCACAUAAGUGCCUAAAGAUACGAAAUACCCUGACUAUGCUCUCUUUGCUAUAGAGGAGUUAUAGGCAGGUGAAUGAUAUUGAUAUUCGCUGUGCGCAGUGUGUGAGUGCGAUCCAUCGCUUGACACUUGGUCCUGAUAUGAUAACAUAUGGGAUUUGAUGCGGGUGCAGUACUAUCCGUAUAAGCAAUAACCUUACAGAUCAUUCGUUCGUUUGAACGAGUAUGUUUACUACAUGGUAAGGGCCAAGGUCGUGCCGAGGCGAUGAGAUGAGAUGGAAGACGGUGAACCGAAAGUCAGUAGCUACGACGACACCUGCUGAUGCUGACUGUAUGGGUUAUCUUCAAAGGACCAAGGAGCCAUGUUCCGGUACAAAUGGUUUCUCAAGUUAUAAUGUGAGACUGUGGUCAGAUCAAAAACAUGUCUCCAUGCAGCAGUUUGUAGCCCAAGUUGCUGUCUGUCUGCAGAAACAUACAUCGAGAUUGUCGUACUCACUCAUACCUAAAGAGAUAUCAAAGAAGCACGAGAAAGUUGAGGAUCAUUUCUUUUGAGUUGGGGAUAGUAAUAAGCUGAACUUGAUAUGGCUUGUAUCAAUUCAAAUCUUGCAUAUUGCGAGUGUUUGCCGUAUGAUCUGACAUAAAACGAACACUCAGAGUCUAAGUUGAUCAAG